AUGAUUACGGCAAAGGCUCCAACCGAGUCGCUAGAUCCAUCAAAUCAAUUCGAGUAUGAUGAUACGCUGAACCAAUUGUUAACGGUAGAAAAUUUUAAUGAUAAUGGCCUUGAAUUACCAGAAUCUGAUCUUUGCCAAACCAGAUCUUUCACAUUGGAUAACAUACUUAAUGAACCAGAAACAACGUUUGAUUUUAAAGAUGGAGAUCUAGGCGCUAAUGGUAAGAGACCGUUAAACUACGACGACGAGAAACAAGAAGAAUUGCCCGGGAAAAGAGUUGCCUAUGAAGAUAAUGUCCUUUCACCAAUGUCCUUAUCACCAUUAUCAACAGAUGAAAGCUCGCGGCAGUCAAUUACAGAAUCAAAGAGGUUAAAAGUUAACAAUGAGUUUACCAUGAAUCAAAUCAAAGAGACCAAGAGAAGGAUCGUCAAUACUCAUAAAUUGAUGUUGAAUUUUAACCUAUUAAAGGACAGUUACAACAAGACCUGUGAAGAGUUCAAAAAAUCCAUACAGAACCUCAGGGAAAGUGAAAUUCAAAGAGCGCAUCUUUACCAAGAGAACGAGAAAUUACGGAAAAUUGUGGUUGAAUUACGUGGAAAACCAACCCAUCAAUAA